AUGCGCUCUGAGGCGGCCUCGGAAUUCGGAAUUCGGAAUUCGGGAACAUUCUUUUUGGCUUUUUCGUUCUUGUUUUUUUCUUUUUUUUUGGGGGGGGGGGCAGGAAACGAAACGAUGGAAUUGUACUUGGGAUUUAAUUGCUGGGUAGCAGGGGGUAAAGGAAUUGGCGGCGGUGGCAGAGCGACUGAAGUGGUUCUCUUCCAGGGGGAUGUCGAGAGUCAUUUUGAGGAAUGUAAAUAUGAUGAGCAUAUCCGGGGCGCUCCGUGGGGGCACAAGCAGCCGCGAUGUCGCGGCCCUCUGCAAUACCUUCAUCACCGAGGAGCGCUGCAGUGGAAUUAUUGCCCCGCACUGCGAGGCAAGGUGGACUGGAAAGUGGGCCCAGUCCUCAUCCGUUCCCUUUUGAACGUGGCGUGGAAAUUGAUGGUCCCUGUGCAUAAGGUCAAGGAGAGCACACAGAAGAGCUGUCCUGGAAAGGGGGUUCCCCUUCAUUGA